GUAUAUGUCUUCAUCCUCUCCCUCUCUCUCUCUCUAGAAAAAAUGAAGAGAGAGAGAGAAGAAAAAGGGAGCAUAAAGUAUGUCAAAAAGCACAUCCUAGCUAGAUAAGCCACAUCUCCAUCCAUCUCUCAUUGAAACAAAAGUCUUUUUCUCCCUCCCCAAAACCCCAAAUCAUUUCUGUCCCCAAAACCCCAAUCUCCACCACCAAUUCUUCAACUUCUCCUACAUCCUCAAAAUCAUGUCUGAACCAACCAAAGAUGCUGCUGCUCCUGAUCAUCACAACAUGCUGCUUUCACAAGGGUUUUCAUCCUUUCCUACAACAGCAACUCUUGAUCAUCACCUUAUAAAUUACAACCACUACUCCCCCUUCAUGAUGUACCAUGAUCUGCAAAACCCUAGUACUGAUCAAUUUGAUCGUACUCAUCAUCACAACCCUCCUGAUCAUGAUCUCUGCAGCUUGUUCUUGCAAGCCUCAGCAGACUACAUUACAACCACUCCCUCGACUCCUUUCCACUUGUCGUCUAACAACUGUUCGUCAUCUGAAGUCGCUGUUUGUAAUACCAGCAAAAACUGUAACAAUUCAAAUACUGAAGUUGUUAUUACGGAUAUUGCAGCUGAAAAUCCACCGACCCCGAAUUCUUGGGGGUCGCUUUCGUCGCCUGAGGCCGGCGGCGUCGAUGAGGACUCUUCUUCCAAAGGGAAGAAAGAUCUGCAGCUGAAGGUUUGUGAGGGAGGAGAUAUUGGGAAAUCUAAGAAACUGAAAGCUGAGAAGACGAAGAAGAAGGAGGAUAAGAAGAAGCAGAGAGAAGCGCGUUUUGCGUUCAUGACUAAAAGCGAGGUGGAUAAUCUUGAAGAUGGAUACAGAUGGAGAAAGUAUGGCCAAAAAGCAGUCAAAAACAGCCCUUUUCCCAGGAGUUAUUACAAAUGCACCAGCCAGAAAUGCAGCGUGAAAAAACGCAUUGAGAGAUCACAUGAAGAUCCGUUGGUGGUGAUCACCACCUACGAAGGCCAACACAACCACCACAGCCCCGCCACCAUCCGAGGCGGCGCAGCUGCCGCCUUCUUCACCCCGUCUCUAUUCUCGCCACCGCCACCGCCACUGCCACCGGCAUUUCCCAUCUUCCCUCAAGUAGACCUCUUUUCCCCCUCAACUACUACUCAACAGUAUUCCCAGCAGCAGCAGCCUCAACUUCCUGAUCAUCAUCAUUACAGCUUAUUCCCUGACAUGCUUUCUUCUUUCCUCCGAAACCCUCAUGACCCAUGAAAACCUUUAUAUAUAAUUCCAUCUUUUUCUCUGUAUAUUUUCUGAAUUUUGUAAUUUUUGGGGGAGUUAAUGUUUAAGUAUGGACAGGUCAAAGAAUUUAUAUGUUCGUUUGUUUCGAUUUUGGCAAUGAUGCCUUUGAUUAAAAUCAGAUCAUGAGUUAUCAUCCAGUUUUCCUUGUUUCUUUCUUUAAAUAUUUUUCUUAAUUUGUAGUAACAUUAAUUUUAUUAGUUGAAUUGGUUUGUAUAAUAGUAUAUGUGAUGGAAUAAUUAUUGGAGCAUUUUUGGGGCGAUGUAUGUCGAUGAAUGAACAUAUUGCGUUGU